CAAAAGAAUACUUCGUUCUGUUAUCAAAGUGCCCUAGCCUUCAAUUAUCCUGCUGUUGUUUAAUUUAUAGUAAUGCUCCAUAACGAUGUCUACGGCCUCUAAGGUUGUUCUGGGGUUAUCGAUAGUACUAACUAUUAGCACUGUUGCGGGCGUUCAUAUCAAGCAGAGCUGGGACAGACAGAGGCUGCACGAGGGCGUACUGCGGGAUCUGGAGCGUGUGGAGCGCAAGCGUGAGAACCUGCGCUUGCUCGAGGAGCAGAUCCAGCUGACCAGAGAGCUUGUGACCGAACGAGACAGACGAGAGGCUGAAGUGGCGAGAACAGACAAUUCAUAA